CCACCUCCAUUCGCAUUUCCCUUUUCCCAACGAUCGACCGAUUUCGCUAGGGUUUUCGCUUAAACCCUUUUCCUCUACAAACCCUAAGAUUUCGGUCGGUCAGUCGCUCAAUCAAAUCGAUCACUAUGGCUUUCAGAAUUCCGUCGGUAGCAAGGUCUGCGGUGGCGGCACCCGGCGGUUUAAGACGGCUUUUCUGCUCGACCUCCGCCACGUUCCCUUUUGCUCCGCCGCAGCAAAACGACGCCGCCCCGGGCCGUCCCCAGGCGGAGCCCAGCACCAAUCUCUUUGUUUCCGGGCUUAGUAAGCGCACCACUUCAGAAGGACUUCGAGAUGCUUUCGCCAAGUUUGGACAAGUGGCUGAUGCUAAAGUGGUCAAGGACAGGGUGUCGGGAUAUUCCAAGGGUUUCGGUUUCGUUAGGUAUGAAACAAUAGACGAUGCUGCGAAAGGGAUAGAAGGCAUGGAUGGGAAGUUCCUAGACGGAUGGGUUAUAUUUGCCGAGUACGCACGACCAAGACAGCAACCAGCGCCACUGCAACAGAACAUGUCACGUCCUCCGUACGGAAACUGGUAGAAGCAGCUCGUGAAGCAUCUCUGUCUUCCCUCCUUUUGAUCAUUGGUUCAACCACUACAUUAAAAAAAAAACAAUAAUGCUUGCCCUUUUGUAUUAUUGUGAAACAUGGAAAGAUCAUGAACUCGGUUUUUUUUUUUUUGGGAGGACAUUGUAUUGUGCUCUCCAAUCCAUCACCAUGAAUUAUGAUAAACCCAUUUUACAAAUCGAAGGCUUUUCAUGA